AUGAAGCAAUUGGCAGUCCACAUCCCUCAAAUGGUCCCUGGAAUCCGAACAGCUCUUGAAAACGAUCCUACGAUUCCAAUAAAAUCACUUCGAGAGCAGUUUGAUAAGCUCAUGUUACAGCCAUUACUCGCUGUCAAUCAUGGUGAAGCCAUGGGUUCCACCGUGAUUGUCGUCGACGCUUUAGAUGAAUGCGAACCAGAGAAAGACGUGGAGAUCAUCCUCGAUCUUUUACCCAAGAUUGAAAUGGCAACAAAUAUGGCAAUCCGGUUCUUCUUAACAAGCCUGCCUGAGUUACCCAUCCGUUUGGGAUUCGACCAAAUUGAUAAAAGCAAAUACCAAAAUACUGUCCUGCAGAGUUUGGAUGCUGAUGUUAUAAAACAUGACAUCGCUUUAUAUCUUAGAGAAGAGUUCUCAAAAAUACAGCAGAGGCGCCAGCAUGAUCUCCCCUCCGGCUGGCCUGGAGAUAAAAGAAUCGAAGUCUUAGCAAUAAUGGCUUGUCCGCUCUUUAUCUUUGCAGCCACGGUGUGUCGUUUCGUGGCGGAUAGGCGUUUUGACCCGGACGAGCGGCUUCAGGAGUUUUCCACUAGUUCUACAGGAUCAAAGAUGGAUGGCACAUACCGACCGGUUCUAAACCAACUUCUUGUCCAGGAUGCUACGGGCAGGAAUGAACUGAUUGAAAAGUUUCAGAAGAUCAUUGGUGUAAUUAUUAUUCUUGCUAAUCCGCUCUCAUUGAACUCUCUUGCGGAGCUGUAG